AUGAUGUGGGCUCUGCUCGGGCUCUCCCUAUGGCCAAGCCUCGCUGCAGAGGAAGUUUGCAUGGACAAGUCCUGCAAGGAUGCGCUGCCGGCGCUGCCUGCAGCGGAGAACAUGCUGUUCCUCCACAUUCCUUACAACUUCGGUUACACCGUUGGAGUGGCAGCUCUCUUUGGCCACAAGGUGACCUCGACUUGGUCGGUGCCCGAGGCCUGGAAACGGUCGGAGGAGUUGUUCGGUGACAAGGGCGCCCAGGUCGAAGGCUCGUCAGCCGUGUGGUAUCAUGCCCGCCCUUCACCAGCCGUGGUAGAGCAAGCCCUUGCGGCGAAUCCAGAGGCGAAGCUCUGGGGAGGCGUGGCGCCGGAGCUGCAGCAGAUCUCGGAAGUCACCGGCUGCCCGAUGUACUUCACACCGCCGAAAUACUGGCCGGAGGAUCUUGCCAAGUCGUACAUUGCUGGGAAGAAGGUCUUUGGCAUACUUCGCAAUCCCUAUGAGCGCCUCACUGCAAUGUUCCGUGGCGGCUACUCGCAGUACGGAGGUUUUCCGUCGCACUUCCACAAGGUCUGCGAUGUGAAUGGUGCACUCAGGUGGCUCAUGCAAGGUCUCAUGAAUGGCACCGUGGGAAAGUAUGCCAGCCAAUGCACCUUCAUUCCUCAAGCGGAGUACUUCGAGGGUCCUUACGGCAUCCAGAUUGCAGUGGACAACUUGUACUUCCCCGAGAGUCUGAACAGGCUGCUCUCCUACAACGGCCUGCAGUCAGCUUUAGUGGAGCAGAAUGUGAUUCUUCAGAUAACAGGCUGCAACAAUGUCUGGGCAGCCGACCUGGAUGCCCAGACCAAAGACAUGGUGUACCAGUACUUCAAGGCGGAUUUUGAGAUGCUGUGCCAGCGCUUUGGGUACUGCGACUACGCGGCCAACACAUGCUUGCCAAAGGUCCCUGGCAUGUGUCCGGACAAAGCCUUUGCGUGGGACGACACUUUCAAGCAGUAUGUGCCGAGGUCUUGA